AGCCUCUCCCAGGAAAACGAGCCAUUCUUCAAGUUUUGCCGCCAAACUGUCUCGUUCUCCAAGGGUUUAUUGAUUCACAUUCUCUCUCCCCAGCCAGCCCAUUUCCCUUCAUAGCUCUCCAAUGACCUCAACCAAUCCUCACCAUAUCAUCGACGACGACGAGGAUGAUGAUUUUGAUUGGGAAGCAGCUGCUAGAGCAAUCGACGUUGUUUAUCAGACCCAGGCCUCAAAGCCCUCUACUUCACUCCCAGACCAAUCUUCCCAUUUUGCCCCUCCUCCCAAUAACCCCCCAAUACAAAAUUCAGUCGCCUCAAUCUCUGAGAACAUGAAGAAGCCUGGUUCUUCACGGCAGACCACCCUCGACAAGUUUAUUGGGAGGGCUUGCCCCAGGCCUCAGCCGGAGAGUCGAGAUGUGGAAGAACACAACCGGGAUUGUAAUGAGGGUGAUGGCAGAGUGUCCUCUGUUCAAAUUGAUACCGAGGCAGCUAAAACUUGGAUGUACCCAGUUAAUUUUCCUCGGCGUGACUAUCAAUUUUCUAUUACCAAGACGGCACUAUUUUCAAAUACAUUGGUGGUAGUGCCAACUGGACUUGGGAAAACACUUAUUGCCGCAGUAGUUAUGUAUAACUAUUUCAGAUGGUUCCCUGAUGGAAAGAUAGUCUUUGCUGCUCCUUCUCGACCUCUUGUUGUGCAACAGAUACAAGCAUGCCAUAAUAUCGUAGGAAUAUCACAAGAAUGGACAAUUGACAUGACAGGUCAGAUAAGUCCUACAAAAAGAGCAUGCUUGUGGAAAACUAAACGAGUUUUCUUUGUUACUCCCCAAGUGCUGGAGAAGGACAUUCAGUCUGGCACAUGCUCAAUCGAAUACUUGGUAUGUUUGGUGAUUGAUGAAGCUCACAGAGCAUUGGGAAACUAUUCUUACAGUGUUGCAGUUCGUGAGUUAAUGGCUGCACAAGUGCAACUGAGAAUUUUAGCUCUGAGUGCAACACCGGGAUCAAAGCAGCAGGCUGUCCAGCAAGUUAUUGAUAACUUAUAUAUAUCAACACUUGAAUAUCGCAAUGAAGAUGACGGUGAUGUCAAAAAAUAUGUUCACAACAGGGAGGUUGAGUUGAUUCAGGUCGCAAUGGGUCAAGAAGCUGUUGAGAUAGACAAUAAGCUCGUGGAAGCAAUGCGACCAUUUGCAACCAGGCUUUGUGCAAUUGGAGUUCUCCCAACUAGAGAUGUUCAGACUUUGAGCCCGUGUUAUUUACUUGAUUCAAGGGAGAAAUUUCGUCAAGCACCUCCAGACCUCCCCCAAAUUAAGUCUGGAGACAUUGAAGGUUAUUUUGGAGCACUCCUUACGCUUUACCACAUUCGUAAGCUAAUAUCAAGCCAUGGAAUAAGGCCAGCAUAUGAAAUGCUUGAAGAAAAAUUAAAACAAGGGUCAUUUGCAAGGUAUAUGUGUAGAAAUGAAGAUAUUUCUAAAGCAAAGCUCAUAAUGCAGCAAACUUUGUCUCAUGGUGCUCCGAGUCCCAAAUUGUCCAAAAUGUUAGAAGUGCUGCUUGAUCAUUUCAAAACAAAUGAUCCACAGAAAUCAAGGGUUAUCAUUUUCUCAAAUUUUAGGGGCAGUGUCAGGGACAUAAUGGAUGCGUUAGCAAACAUCGGCAACUUUGUUAGAGCUACGGAGUUUAUUGGUCAAAGUUCAGGGAAAGCAUUAAAAGGCCAGUCACAAAAAGUUCAACAAGCUGUUUUGGAGAAAUUUCGUGCUGGUGGAUACAAUGUCAUUGUUGCCACAUCAAUUGGCGAAGAGGGCCUGGAUAUCAUGGAAGUUGAUCUAGUUAUAUGCUUUGAUGCUAAUGUAUCACCAUUGAGAAUGAUUCAGCGCAUGGGGAGAACUGGAAGGAAGCAUGAUGGAAGAGUUGUAGUUUUAGCCUGUGAAGGGUCAGAGUUGAAGGGUUACAAGCGUAAGCAAGGAAACAGUAAGAAUAUGAUGAAACACAUGCGAAAUGGGGGGAGAAAUAGCUUCAAUUUCCAUUCUAGUCCGAGGAUGAUCCCUCACAUUUUCAAACCGGAGGUCCAGUUUGUUGAGUUUUCAAUUGAACAAUUCGUUCAUCGUGGAAAGAAAGUGAUAGAUGAUAACACUAUUCAGACACCUGUUAUUGCAGACAAAUUAACUGUUGCUGAGACUACAUUAAUUGCCAAGUAUUUUGAGCCCCAUGAAAUUACAUGGAAACCAUCUCUUAUUGCCUUUCCUCACUUCCAAACAUAUCCUUCAAGAGUGUAUAAAGUAAUGCAUUCACAUCGGACGACAAUGUUAAUUGAUAUGAUGCAAUGUUUGCAAGGACUAACCUUUUCUAGGGACAGCAAUAUUUCCCUUCUUGAGGAUGAAAUAUGUUUAAAGAAGUGCUUGGGAGUUGACACUGCUGAACAACAUGACAACAAUGGAGAAGAUUUUCUGAAUCCUGACGAUUCUGAAGUAUCACCUACUGGGACAUUGGAAACUGAGGAGAAGCAUAACGAACUUAAUUACCCUGUUGAAAAUCCUUAUGAGCACUCUUACCUCUUUGGUUCAGAUGUUGUAACUGUUGAUGCUUCCGGAAACGUCCUAAUCAUGGUUGUCCCUGUGUUUCCUUGGAAAGACUUAUCGCAUUCCAUGUCAACAAGUGCAAGCAUUAUUAAGUUGGAUUACUUGAAGCAAAAUUCUUGCCAUGCAAGGACUUCAGAUGAAGACCACACAGACCUAACUACUGAAGCUGGUCCCUGUGGAGAUCUGAAAUCGACUCAGUUAACACGCAUGAAGAAUGAGAUUUCACUUAAGUCUCGAUGUUGUGAUUCUGAAACCUGGAUGGAGAAAUCAGUCAGCAGGGUUGAAAAAAUUCCUCAAACUCCAAUUUUGAAGGGAAAUUUGUCAAAUCAAGGAGCUAGUGUCUCUGAGUCACCUGAUGUUCUGGAAAGCAAGGCAUCAUUAUUUCUGGCUGAUGAAGACAAUAAUUUUUUCAGAGAUGGUGAGCUCAGUCCACGGCUUACUAAUUUAAUCAAAAGUGGAGUUGUCCCAGAGUCUCCUAUCCAUAAUAGUGGACUAUCAAAUAACACAGAUGAGUAUCUAGAACCUGACCCUGUUUCACCUGCCCAAUUACAUACUGGAAUACUACUGAAGUGUUCAAGUCCUGGGAAAAGUGAAAAAGUCGAUAUGAGAGGCAAUGCCUGUGGAAGAAAUGUCUCUGUUUCUCCUGUUGAUAAUGAAAUUCAAACUCCCUUGCAUAACAAGGGUGAAACUGCAAGCAUAAGAGGAUGUACCUCCACAUCACCAAUUAUUGAUAGAGCCCAAACUGUUUUAGCAGACCUUACAAACAAUAGCUGUGGCAAAGAUUGGCAUUUAAGUUCUGGAGACAAGUCGGAAAGUGUAAAACAGGCACGCAAGUUUAGAAGGUUACGCAAAGUUGGGGAUCAUUGGAAAAGUAGGGGAGAAAGCAUGACAAAAAAUGGUGGGUCAACAGAAAACCCUGCCAGAUCUUUUUCUAGAGCAGUUCCUCUCCAUAAUAAGCACGACAGAGGUAAAAAGAAGUCAGUUGAUGAUGUAAGGGUCUUCAUUGAGGAGGAAGCUGAGGUAUCUUCAGAAGCUGAUAUUUCUGAUGAUGAGGAAGAUGAACGAGACAACUACUCAAAUGAUAGUUUCAUAGAUGACAGGAUAAAUCCUACGGUUGCCGGUACUCAGUUUGCAACCGGUGGAAUUGACAUGAUGGCAAUAUACAGGCGUUCAUUGCUCACCCAAUCACCCCUGCAGAGGCAGCCAAGCAGUUCUACCACAUAUUCACCUGAUUCUGUGGCACCAACAAUGAGGACAACUGAAACUGGAAGUUCUUGUGGGAAACCAUUCUUCUCUCUCCAAACUCCUCAAAGCGAUUGUACAAAUCAGCCAAACAGGAUGGAUUCGAAGUCCUUCCAAAUGAACUGUAACGCUGAAGGCACACCUUGUACAACUGGUGUUUCCCCAGGAUAUGAGAUUGAAAGCCGAAAAAGAAAAUUGGGUUCUCAUCAUUCAAGAUCUGUUCCUGCAGUCAACUUGGAGCGAGAGUUCUCACUCCAGUCAGAGGCUGCAGGCAGAGACUUGCAGCACAAUGAUGCAAAUGGGGACGUGCUUUAUGAUGAUCUAUUUUUUGAGGGCCUUGAUCUUGACGCAGUGGAAGCGCAAGCUACAUUGCUUCUUAAACAGAAAUCAGAACUGCCAAGGCAGAAGCAGCAGAUGGUUCCCAAUAUACACCCACAAAAUCCUAGCCUACAAUAUUCUCCGACGUUUGAUCUUGGAAUAUAAAAUUUAUGGAAAAUAUAUAUCUAAAUGGUGCCCAGCAGAAGGAUUGAACGAAAUAUGGUGACAGUUUCUGACAAUUGAGAUUGUUUAUGCAAGAUCAGUUGCAAGUUUUGAGGGUUUGAUUGUUUUUUUUUCCCUUUAUUGUUUUGAGAGAUUAGUUAGAUGCAUUGGGAUCUGCAUCUUGUUGAGGGAAAACAGAUGUAGUUUAUAGGAAAGUGAGGCA